GUGUCAAAUCCUGCUCCAGUCUUCCGAAGGAAAACCGCAGGCGGGGCGAGAGGAGAAACCGAAAGAAGAAAAAAAAAUCUAGAACCUUCCUGGCUGCGCCAAGCCCGAAUCUAACAACCACUAUACCAGCGCCCAGCGGCCAUCAUCCCAGGGCAGGCAGGAACCCGGGAAUCGGCUCCGCCAGGAAACCGGCCGGACCCCGCGAGCAGCAGCAGGACCCCGCGAGGCGGCGAGCGGAGCGAAUGUGGUGGGAAUGGUGGGACGGCGAGGAGGCGGCGGCGGGGCCGCGGGAGGAGGUCCCCGUCGAUUUCGACUUCAUCUCCCUCCUCUGCAAGCCCAAGGAUUACUACAAGAUACUGGAAGUUGAUUAUGAUGCUUCGGAGGAGACAAUCAGGUCGAGCUAUAUCCGUCUUGCACUGAAAUGGCACCCUGACAAGAAGAAGGGUGAAGAAAAUUCAACUUCAAUAUUUCAGGACAUUAACGAGGCAUACCAAGUUCUCAGUAACCCAGUAAAACGGCAGGAGUAUGACAAGAAAGGCAUUUUAUACGUUCAGGAUCAGAAUGCAGCGGAUUACCUGAACCGGCACAAGGGUUUGAUACUUACAUGCAACGGUCUUGGCGUGAGGUACUCGGUGUGGUGAGCUUCCUCCAAGGUACCAACCAGAGUCUGCACCCGUCAGCGGUCUUGGACGACGUGUGUAGUUGUAAAAUCCCAUCUAGUUCACAAAAUGUAGCACGGUACUCUCAUUUGGGGGCCUAAAUGGCAGCUUAGAGUUCAUCCUACAACAGAUAUGAUUUAUAUUUGCUGAUCAGCUGUUGUAGACUGCAAGAGGCAGAGAUGUCCUAUGUUGCAUAUAGCCCCUAAAACACUGUUCCUAACCUAUGGAAUGUCAGCAUAUGUGUUCCUGAAUACCUUCCAUUUUACUCAUGACACUGAGUGCGGUUGGGCAGCAGAAUAUACUUGCUGUCUAACGCCAUGUUCCUCACUUGCAAAACUUCAGUAUUUCUUCUUGGGGGCGAAUAAAUAUGGUUAUAACUUCAAUAUUAUAUUAAUUGGUCA